GAUCAGCUAAGGGAGAAUGGAAGACAAUGACUUUCAAAAGUUUGAUACACUGUUAUGCAUCCACACAGUCCCACUUCAAACUUUGUUUUCUUCUCCUUCAUUCCUAAAAGAACAACAUGUCACUGUCCAGCCAGAUCUUAAUGUUAUAUUUUCCAAGUUGGCAUAUUGUCAUGAACUAUGGCUGGUAUCACAUAACAUUGGUCUGUAAUGCUUCCAUCCAAUGUUCUGUCCUGUUAUUAGUCUUUAAUUUAAUGUGUUGCAGAUUUUGUUUUUUUCUGACAUGGUUUAUAUCAGUGCUUCUCAAACUUUUUAGAUCCAGUGCCCUCUAGCUAUUAUCCAGACCUCCUUCCUCUCCCACCACAGAUAUACUGUAUAAAAGUGGGAUGAAAUGAGACAAGAUCACAGUAUGAGACAGGGCCGACUUAUGGUCGGAGGUUGAUGAAGGGAUACCUCCAUAGCAAAGGCAUCCAUGCCUCAGAAAUGAGAGUUGCAGCUGCACUGAAGGCUGUUCAGCCUCCUUACCACGAGACUCGUUGCCAAGGCUUGAGGAAUCUCAAUCCCAUGCCGUAUCAAGCGGCAUAUUUUGGUCAAAAGCUUCACAUGGACCAAAAUGAAAAGAUGGCCAUGUAUGGGGUGACAUAUGUGGUGGCCAUAGAUGGCUAUAGCAGCAAGAUUGUGGCCUACUCCAUCAUGCCUGUAAAAAACAAUCUUGUUAUAUAUGAUGAAGUGUACAGGAAUGCUGUUGUGACCUAUGGCCUUUGGGAUCAGCUGAGGGUGGAUCACGGAGGAGAAUUCUAUCUCUCACUCUAUAUCCAGGAAAAACUGUCAGGGUACAGGUUUCGGCAAGACAGGGAACCAUGCCAGCAGACAGCAUCAACAAGGAACCACAGGAUCGAACGUGUGUGGCCAGAGGUGAACAACAGGGUCACCUAUCCACUGAAGGCAGCCCUGGUUCACCUGGUGGACCAAGAGCUUAUUGAUAUGGACGACAGCACAGUCCGAUACUGUGUGUCAAACCUGACCUGUCAGGUAGCCAGGAUCGGAAUCCAACGCUUUAUUGAUGCUUGGAAUUCUCACACAGUUUCAGGAAGAGGGAUUCCAAAUGUCCUGGCUGAAGGUGGAUGUCAGGUGAAGCUGUCAGAACAACAUCUGCCAGGUUCAGCAGAGGCUGCUGAUCUCUACCUGCAGGAGAGGGGGGCAAACCUGACCAGAGAGUCAAUAUUUGGCACCAAUCCCUUUCAGUCUCUGGAAGACCAGCAAAAUGCAGAACAGCAGUUCAACAUUGCAUACCCAGACUUGGGGAGUCUGUUUAACAGUGCCGUGAACCAACAGCAUCGCCCCUUCCAGGAAGCUGUAAUGGAGCUGAUCUCUGUUUUGCGGAGACAACAAGUCUAGAGGGAAAUAUGUGUUUAAUUUUCUUUUGUCCAUAUUUGGUCAUUGUUUGCGUUAAUGGUUAUAUAUGGUUCUUGUUGUUACUUGUUUAAGUUAGUUAAAUAGUUCUGUUGAGAUGUGUUAUGUGGUCGGAAUAAAUGACAUUGUGUUUGCACUCUU